AUGGCCCAGAUCCAUUUGCUAGUGGCAGGAGUGAUGCUCUGCUCCCUCCCCGCCUGCUCUCUUGACCGGGACUUGCCCUGGAUCCAUAGCCUAGAAAAGCAGGAAAUCUUCAUGCUGUUGAGACAGCUGGAACGUAUCCCAUCUCAGUCAUGCCUGAAAGACAGAACUGACUUCAAAUUUCCUUGGGGAAGAGAGAAUAUCCCCGAAAUGCAGAGGACAGAAGACGCCUGUUUCCACCAUGAGAUGCUCCAGCAGAUCAUCAACCUCUUCAACACAAAGGACAGCCAUGCUGCGUGGAAGAACACCCUCCUUGAACAACUACUGUCUAGGCUUGAUCAUGGCCUGGAACGCCUGGAGCAGAUGGAAGGAGAAAAUCUGGCUUGCCCCUCUCUUGGAAUUAUUGUCCGGAAAUACUUCCAAAGAAUCUAUCGCUUUCUGAAGGAAAAGAAAUUCACCCUCUGUGCCUGGGAGAUUGUCAGAGUGGAAAUGAAAAGGUGCCUUUCCAUCAUGUAA